AUGGCGAACCCAUCUUUCACCCAUCUUUUCUCUUUCCCUGAAGAGAUCAUCGAUAUAGUAUGCCAGCAGCUCUGUCCCCACUGCAGCGAGAGAGCUUCUCCUCGACACUUCUUUCGCUACGAAGAGCCGAAACCGACUCAUGACAGAAAGUGUCUAUUGGCCUUAUCUCUGACAUGCAAGGAACUGAGGCAUAUAUCGCAACCGCACUUGUAUCAUCGACCGAUGGGACACGAUUUCUUUGGUUUCAUCGACACCAUUGCUGGAACACCCGCUCUUGGUCGGCAUGUCAAGGAGCUCUGCCUGAACGAGCACAUGAUCCGGCGUUUUCUUCUUCAAUAUGCUGACCAAGCUAAAUUUCUUGCGCAGUGCAAUAAACGGUACCGCACUCAUCUAUGCGAAGCUGCCCAGAGAAACCCAAUGGCUCCGGUUGACAGAUUCGGAAAUGCAACGGGCUAUUUCGGAGAAAGGAGGCAAAUAGUUGGGACUGCCAUCAAUUGCCUCAUGUCUGUUGCUAUCUCUUUAACACCAAUGCUCAACAAGCUCGAGAUUCAUGUCGAGUCAGACUGGAAAUUCUCGUCGAUCCCGUCUGGAUGUCUUCCGAAUUUGAAGAAACUUACUAUAACCGUGUCAUGGAGUUUCCCGACUGACGACCUUGACGGUCUGGCUGGCCUACUGGACGCAGCACCUCGACUGGAAAGAAUCGAACUGGUCAACUUGGAAGUACGGGAUGCGACAAAAAAGCCGAAGACGAGCUUUUGCCACGACACUGUCAAUGAAAUUACACUGAGAUCAUGCAUGCUUCACAUCAGUCAGCUGGAGGCCAUCAUGCGUGGCUUCCCAAAACUACAAACUUUCCGGAUCGGUGCACCAAAUCAUUGUCAACGCGCUGAUACCCGAAGUCAAGACACAGCUCUCCUGUACCGAAUUGAGGAUCUUUUGAUGCUGAGAAGCGACACGCUCAAACACCUUACACUCCACUUUCCUGGCAUUCACCUCGAUCACCCAGGUGAAAUAGUGCUCCAAGAUCUCUCAGGAAUGAAAGUCCUUGAGACGCUGUACAUCGACAGCGGCAUGCUGCAUCGCCGAUGGCAGGGCCAUCGGCCUGGACGAAGGAUUUGCCAAUUGCUUCCAACAUCCAUUAAGGAGUUCGGUCUAAUGGGGAGCGCAUAUCCGCUGGUACAUGACGAGGUUUUGGAGUCAAUCAACAUCUCGGCCUCGGUAUUUCCUCUCCUGAAAAAGGUAGUUGUUGCGGAGUUUGGGAAAAAAUGGCUAGUUGAUGGGGAUAAAUGGGAACGGAUGUUUACCUCGGCUUGUGAAGCUCACAACCUAGAACUUUCGUCGGAAGUACCUCGAAGCUCACAGGGUUUGGCGCUCCCGGGGCCGUAUAGGGAUUAA